GCGCUUCUGGACAAGGCAGCGCCAGCCGGGCCCGGAGGUUCCAGCGACUCCCGCGGACGCUCCACCUACGCGCCGCCAGCGAGGUUUCCGGGAACCGGGGCGCGGCGCUCGGCGGGCCGAGGCGGGACUUGUCAGUGCCAGGACUUGUGAGUGCUCAGAACACCUAAAUGAUUGAAAUUGCACUGAUUUUGGUUUGCAGUACUUGUGGUAAUUAGGGAAUCAUGGCAACUGAUGAAGAUAACAAAAAACAAGUUCUUAAGGAGUAUGGGCCAGCUGAAGAAUUUAUGAAAGAUGAACAAAACCAGAAAUUAAUUAGUGAAAUUGAAAAGGAAAAUAUUCAGUUAAAGGAGGAGAUCCAAAAGCUUGAAGCUGAGUUGCAAGCGACAACCAGGAACUCCCAGAUUAACGAGGAUAUUCCCGAAACAAAGAUGAAGUUCACAGCUGUAGAGAAUCCUGAGAGUGACAGCCAGUUUUCAAAUAUCUCCUAUUCGUGUCAAAUGAGCUCAAAAGUCCCUUAUGAGCUACAAAAAGGACAAGCACUUAUCACCUUUGAAAAGGAAGAAGUUGCCCAAAAUGUGAUCAGAAUGGGGCACCAUCAUGUGCAGAUACAGGAUGUAAAUGUGCAGGUUAUGGCCAGCCCGGUUCCAUUAAACUCAGGAAUCAGAUUCCAGGUUCACGUAGAAGUGUCUAAAAUGAAGAUCCACGUUACUGACAUUCCUGAUGAACUGCCUGAAAGUCAGAUGAGAGACAAGCUAGAACUGAGUUUUUGUAAGUCGCGCAACGGAGGCGGAGAAGUGGACAGCGUGGAGUACGACAAGCAGUCCCGGAGCGCCGUCGUCACGUUUGUGGAAAGUGGAGUUGCUGACAAGAUUUUGAAAAUAAAAGACUAUCCUCUUUAUAUAAAUCAAAACUGCCAGAGAGUUACUGUUUCUCCGUACACAGAAACAUACCUGAAAAAGUUUCAGGUGUUUUCAGGAGUAUCUAAGAAGACAGUGCUUCUGAGUGGACUGGAAGACCUUCAGAUAGUAGAUGAAGAAACUGUGGAGGAUUUUAUUAACAUUCACUUUCAACGGGAGAAAAAUGGAGGUGGAGAAGUUGAGGUAGUCAAGUGUUCCCUUGGGCAACCUUACAUAGCAUACUUUGAAGAAUAGACUCAUGGAGUCCUAUGAAAAUUAGAGCUUUUGAACCCAAAUCACUGUUAAUGCUUGACAAAAAUGAAUAUCCUUUUCCUUAAAAAAAUGAAAAAUUUAAUUCUUUAGUGUUUGUUUAUUCUUAGAUACAAAAUAUAUUUCUGUUUUUGAAUUCUUUGUUUCCACCUGUGCUGAAUGUUUACAAAUGCAAUAACUAUGUUAAAACAGUUUUGUUCAUAAAUUUUGUGGCUGGGUGCCAUGCCAAUUGAAAUGAACCAUAAGUGAUCCAGUUGUCCGCCUGCCAUGUUGGCUCAUUCUGUCAUGGUCUGAGCCAACAGCAGAAUUAAAUUCAUAUUAAAAUGCUGGCAGAAAUGAAAUGCCUUUAGAAAAGAUUCUAAACCUAGACCUAUCCAAUGCUGCCUGCCAUCUAAAAUAAAGGGAAAAACUAAAAAGAAAAAAGGCUUGGUUUUGCUUCUGAUA